CAUCCUCUCGCCCCCUCCCUCCAUCUAAGUCCGUACACAUCUACCACACUAAAACCAGUGAGGAUUUUUUUUUUUCCUUUUUUUUUUAGCAGGAAAGGAGCUCAAAUUUGAAGACUCAUUUCCCUUUUAAACUGGGAAUAAAGAAAGACACAAAACGACGAAUCCAAAACGCGUUUAUAGUGCUAGCACACUGGCAGUAAGAUGGUGAUGAUAUCAUUGUUAUCUUCAGUAACAAACCUGACAUUUGCAGAUUCAUUACACUGAUUUUAUCUCUGCUUAUUAGUCAUUUGAUUUUAGAACAGAGCGGAGGGAAAAAUAUCUUCUGGUACUGUCAAUCGAUGGAUCUGAUUGUUCUGAAGCGGCACUGACAUUUUGUCACUGUUAGUGGAAGAAUCUGAGUUUUUGCUUUUCUGGGUUCUGUUUGGUUGCCUAGAAAAAGAAGGAAAAAGCUACCAGUGGAAGAAAUUUUUAGUACCUAAUUUGCUCUGUUUUUUUAAAGCUUCUGCUGUUCUGUUUUCGGUUGAUACUCUAAUCUCUCUACCAAUGUCGCUUACUGUAAAACCUCAUCUCCACCAGUACAACAGAAACAAAAUGGGUAAAACAACAUCAACAAACAGAGAUUGGACACAGAUCUAUGCAAUUUACGGCAUGGAUCAAUGGCAAACCUUACUCUUCCUGUUAUUCCAUGCCAUUUUCUUCUCCAUAUUAUCAAUCCUCUUCCUCUUCUACUUCGAUCCAAUCUGCAGACUAUUAGAGUCUGCUAUUCUUCUUUUCGCUACCAGUCCUAGUACCAGUAGCGCCGCCCGUUUCGCCGCCGGAUUCACUGGUUGCGUUACAGCUUUGUCCGCCGUGUGCCUUUUCUUCGCCGCCGGCAACUUCUUUUACAGUUCGGUUGCGUUGCAUCAUGAUAUGGCGCAGAGGAUGGUGAGUUACGUUAACGAUUGGUCAUCUGUUAAAUUGGCUCUUGAUAUUGGGUGUGGCCGUGGGAUUUUGUUGAAUGCGGUGGCUACUCAGUUGAAAAAAACUGGAAGCUCUGGUCGGGUUGUCGGGUUGGACCGGUCUAAAAGGACUACUCUGUCUACUCUGCGAACCGCUAACUUGGAAGGGGUAGGAGAGUAUGUGACAUGUAGGGAAGGCGAUGUGAGGAGCUUGCCAUUUGGGGAUAACUAUUUUGAUGUGGUAGUAUCAGCUGUCUUUUUUCACACAGUAGGAAAAGAGUAUGGUCAUCGAACGGUGGAGGCAGCCGCCGAGAGAAUGAGGGUUUUGGGUGAAAUGGUGAGGGUUUUAAAACCAGGCGGCAUCGGAGUGGUGUGGGAUAUAGUACAUGUGCAGGAAUACGUCCGGCGACUUCAAGAGUUGAAAAUGGAAGAUAUUAGUGUUUCGGAGCGAGUAACAGCGUUCAUGGUGAGCAGCCGCAUUGUGUCGUUUCGGAAGCCUAAUCAGCAUGUUUUUGGGCUGAGUGAGGUUAGGCUGGAUUGGAGAUGCUGAUAAUGAUGUGAUUAAUCAAUAAUGAUACAUGUUAUAGUUGCUAAUUAAAAUUAGAAGGUAAAUGAUUUAAAAAAAAAAGAGAGUGAAGAAGAAUAGAAAAGAAUUAUAUAGAAGUAUAUAUACAUGAGAUAGUUAACUAUGAGUUUACUUUCAUAUAUCUGGAGAGACGAAGCCGAUCCAGAUGUUUUACAUGCUGCAUUUGAUGUAAUAUAUCAUAUAUGGUUAUCAAUCAAAUAUUGAUGGCCUGAUCAUCUAAAUUUUACAUGAUGUUAUGAGUUUUAGCUCGAUUUGUUAAUGAAUAUAUUAUGUCAAUAGAUACUAUAAACUCUUAUCGUAAA